CUCUUUUUAUUCUUCUCAAAAUCCCAUGAGCUUCUGCGCCAGGCUUGCAUCUAUCUUGAAAUCCCGCUCUUUUUCUGCCGCAGCUACUGCGGCUGCAGCCACCACCGCAGCCUCCAUUUACUCUACAUACGCCGCCCCUCCGUCAUCAAACUCCUCAUACUCUGCCAUGGGUGACACUCGCAAGAUCUUCCGCACCCGCAUCUGCAUCAUCGGAAGUGGCCCAGCGGCCCACACGGCGGCCAUUUACGCCGCUCGCGCUGAGCUCAAGCCCGUCCUCUUCGAGGGAUGGAUGGCCAACGACAUCGCUGCAGGCGGACAGCUUACCACAACUACCGACGUGGAGAACUUUCCCGGCUUCCCUGAGGGCAUCCUAGGGUUUGAGCUCAUGGACCGAUGUCGCGCCCAGACCGUCCGAUUUGGCACCGAGGUUCUCUCUGAGACGGUGACUUCCGUUGAUUUCUCCUCCCGUCCCUUCCGCGUUUUCUCUUCCUCUACCGUCGUGGAGGCAGACGCUGUCAUUGUAGCCACAGGAGCCGUUGCUCGUCGCCUCUACUUCCCCGGCGCCGAUGAAUUAUGGAACAGGGGAAUCUCAGCCUGCGCAGUCUGCGACGGCGCGGCCCCUAUUUUCCGCAAUCGCCCCAUUGCGGUUGUUGGCGGCGGCGACUCGGCCAUGGAGGAGGCAAAUUUCCUAACCAAGUACGGAUCUAGGGUUUACAUUUUACAUCGUAGGGACACUUUUAGGGCUUCCAAGAUCAUGCAAGCAAGAGCAUUGAGUAAUCCUAAGAUUGAGGUGGUAUGGAACUCAGAGGUGGCGGAGGCUUAUGGUGCCACGGAUGGAGGACCGCUCAGUGGACUGAAACUGAAGAAUAUUUUCACUGGAGAUAUUACUGAGUUGGCGGUGUCUGGCCUGUUCUUUGCAAUCGGACAUGAGCCGGCCACCAAGUUUCUUGAAAAACAGCUGGAGCUUGAUUCAGAUGGCUAUGUUGUGACAAAAACCGGAACCACUCAGACCAGUGUUAAAGGCAUUUUUGCUGCUGGGGAUGUGCAGGACAAGAAGUACAGGCAGGCGGUCACGGCAGCUGGGUCUGGCUGUAUGGCUGCCUUGGAUGCUGAACACUACUUGCAGGAGAUUGGAGCUCAAGAGGGAAAGGCUGAUUGACUAUCUUCAGAUUGUGUGGCCUGCUUAUCCAGUUCAACCCCUGUUAUGGGAAAGCCCAAAUUAUAGUCUUGCCUAGUUACAAGACAACAAUGGAAUUUUUAUGAAACCCAAUGCCAUUACAUCUAGAAUCAGGUAUAACAAAAUAAUAAUAAUAAUAUAAUAUACAUACAAUCAUCAUUUAUGGAUUGCAAUUUGUAUUUAUGCUAGUUAUACUCAUGUGAUAUAAUUGAAAAUUGGUGUUCAAGAUUAUCCAAGUUUAAAAAAACUUGGAUUGUACGUUUUCGUCAAUUUCAUAGAAUAUACACAAAUAAACUUAUAAUGGCGA